AUUUUAAGAGGUAGACAAGGUUCUGCAAGUCAAGAUGACCACCUGGCUUAGCUUUCUGGUGGUGCUGGUAUUCCUGAUAGUUGUGUCUAUGAUGAAAGAAAGCUAUGGACAGGAGACAGAAGCUACCUGCUGUGCAGAGCUAAAGCGCUUAUCUCAGUGUGGAGCAGACAAGGUUUUCCUCCAGGGCCAGCCAGGCACACCAGGAAUUCCAGGUGUGCCAGGAACAAAUGGAUUGCCUGGAGCUAAGGGUGACACAGGCCCUCAGGGCCCCCCAGGGGAGAGAGGAUCUACUGGAGCAACUGGGAAAGCUGGACCCAAAGGAGACCAAGGAGAUUCAUGCAGUUGUACCAGCAACCAGCAGCAAGAAACCAGAGCCAGAAACUGCAAAGAGCUUCUAGAAUUUGGAGAGACACUAAAUGGCUGGUACACUAUCUAUCCGGUGCCAGGGAAAACAAUGACUGUCUUCUGUGACAUGGAGACUGAUGGAGGAGGAUGGCUGGUAUUCCAGAGGCGGCAGGAUGGAUCAGUGAAUUUCUACCGUGGGUGGCAGUCCUACAAGAAAGGAUUUGGGAACCAAGCUUCAGAAUUCUGGCUGGGCAAUGAUAAAAUCCAUCUUCUCACAAAUUCUGGAAUACAACAGCUACGGAUUGAUACCAGGGAUUUCAAUGACACCAACACUUAUGCUGCAUAUACCACUUUCCGAAUCUUGAGUGAGGAGGAAAACUACCAGCUACGAGUGGGAUCGUACGUAGGUGGUAACAUGGGUGAUUCCUUCUCAUCACAUAAGGGCAUGAACUUCUCUGCACUGGACAAGGAUAAUGACAUCUAUGACAAAGGAAGCUGUGCGGUAUCCUACAAGGGUGGCUGGUGGUAUAGUGCCUGCCACUCUUCUAAUCUGAAUGGCCUGUACCUCAGAGGCACACACACUUCUUAUGCCAAUGGCAUCAACUGGGUUGCUGGAAAGGGGGCCUAUUAUUCUUACAAAUAUGCAGAUAUGAAAAUUAGACCACAGUAGAUGAAUCAAGCACUUCGGGCUCUGAAUGGCCAUAAUGGAUCUGCUCCAUAAACUUA